CUUGCUCAGUGGGUCGGGCUCAAGUUGUGGUCACAAUAGGACCUUCUUGGGCUCCUGACGGGGGCUUUGAACCUCUUAUGAGUACGCUACCGCCAUUGUGUCUUAUAUAAUGAAUCUGGUAGAAUUUUUCGAAACUGAUAAAACUGGUCCCCAGGAAAAUGCAAUUUUAGGACAUAAUUUAUCGAAGUUUUGUUCUACGUCUUUUAGCGGAAUUUCCUAGUCGUAGCAGUUGUAGCCUAUCGUGAGGGGCUGAGGGCCUCCGUCGGAAGACCCUAAAGGUGCGGCCACAAUUUGGGCCCGGACCCAGUGAGUACGCUCAGCGAAUGAGGCGGAAAUUGACCAAUGGUGUCGUUUCUUUCGUUACCGCCGCUACUGCCACCGUGCGUAAAAUUUUCGCACCACGUGAACAACCGCGAACGUGCAAAGUUUCAAAUUUAAAAACAUUUUCUUAUGCUUUCAUACUCCAUGGAGAAGAGUUUAAAGAAAAAAAUGUUUCAGAUUCAAAAAAUCCUGCAUGGAUAGGAACAGUCAUACAAUGUAAGUAUAGCUGCUGCCGAAUAAAGCAGUUUAUGACAUUUCGAAUGAGCGUAGGUGUUAAUCCACAAGGAAUCAGGCACACCUCGUUUCCUCAGAGUUAUGUCAUCGCGUAUAUUUUGCGCAAUGGUAGGGGAUCCGUAUAAUGCAGUCAUUAAUGUUUUCUUAGUCCAGUCAAUGGUGAUUGCCAUUGCGACAAACAUUCGCGUGUUCCCGCGCUGAGAACGCGUCCCAAUAAGAUUCGAAAAAAUUCUAAAACAUCUAGAAUUUCGUGAAAGCUUUUGAGGACGCGUAACGCGCAAUUAUCCGACCGAUUAGUUUUGCGAGUAUUACAUUUGUCGAUAUUACCAUUACAUUGACAUUUAAAUCGCAAUCUUACGAAUUUUAUACGAAAAACGAGACGAAAAAAUGGUUCACGAGCUUAUCAAAAGGAAUUCUCGUACUACGAGCAAGAUGAGGGAUGCAGUUCUGCAAAAACGAAAUCAUAACAUAGUCAGUCCCAAAUCUAAACCAACCCUUCAAAUUUAUCGGCCUCCAGGUGUAAGAACGGACGGAACCACGGCCAACGCUACUAAUCCACAAUUGAACGUGCAUGCUAAGGAGUUCACUAUGAAACAGAAUGACUUGCAUCCUUCCAAAUCCCAGAUGAACUCGUCGGACCGAUCCUCCUACUAUCUUCAGCACAGUAAAUCCAGUGGAAAUGUACAUCGUUACCUAUACGCUCAACAACAACAUCAGCAACAGCAAUUGCAGCAUCCCCUGCAUCCGUUGCAUCAGAAUGUUCAUCAUCCACAUCAAUCUGCGUCUUAUCAUCCCUUAACGGGAUCCACUAUGAGGCAUUUACACGCUCUGAACACGUCGGCAUCCAGUGGAAAUAUUCUGCAUGGUUCCGGUAGAGUACACUUUAGCGUCGAUCAAACCGAAGCCAAAGCUGCAAAUUUACCGAAACCUGGAAAGCUCACUAAAUCCUUAUCAUUCGUAUCUUCUUAUGGAUUGAAAAGGUCUAAGAGCUUGAAUAGUGCAGAUGUUUUGGCAGCAAAGGCUAUGAACAUUUCGGAUGCUUCAGAAUUAGGCAAAUUUCCACCAAACGUGCAGGACACGUUGAUCAAGGCAAUAGAUGAUCCAAAUUUACUGAAUUCUCGAGCACUGAUGGAACUUGUACGACACAUUUUGGAACGAGUUGUAGAAAAUCGAAGAUACGCGGAACCAGCAGCCAAGAUUUGCAUUACCAUAAUCGAGAAAGAAAUCAAAGAGACCUUUCUGGAAUCGUUGCUGAAUACUUGUCAGCAAUGGUACCAGGAGAGGAGUAGAAUACUACAGGACAUCACAGCCUGCCACCAUUAUUCAGCUUUUAUGAGCUUUCUCAAUGAAAUGUACUGUCAGCUAAAACGCAGACAGCUACAGUUGAAGACACAACAAGAGGGAGUUCCUCCAGGUCGCGUUUUACUUACUUUACUGUGGAAAUGCUGUCACGAUUGUUUGCAGCCUCCCAUGAUAAAUUCUCUUGCUGAGACGGAUUGUCUAUUCUUCAUCCUUACUUGCAUUGGUAAGGACCUGGACACGGAAUUGCCAGCUCAACUUCAGCAACUCUUGGGUAGCGUCCGGGAUGCCUUUCUUGCUGAACAGACAACACCACCAGCAGUAAAGAGAACGUUACUCCAAUUAAUAGAAUUGCAUGCGGCGCAUUGGCAACUUCCGGCACCGGCUGUAAUAUAUUAUUAUCCUGGUGCAUCGAAAUGACUUUGGACAAUUCUUCAUGCUGGUUACAUCGAAACUUUUAUUACUGUGCCUUUUCUUAAUGCUAUCUGUAAUUUUCUUUCCAUAACGGUAAUAAACGAAACUUCAAACAGACUUGAAGAAAAUUCUUAGAAAAA